AACUUCGACCAAGUUGGCAGCCCGGCCUGAAGAAAAACGUUGUGAAGAAUUUUAAAUGAUAAAUUUAAUAAUUUGAAUAACGGAUACUACCAAGUGAGACACGACAGGAAAAACCAUGUGGAAGUGAAGUGCCCCAGCCAAGGCCUCAGCAGACGGAAGAGAAUCCCUGCAGCCUCAGGCCCACCCCAUUGAGAAAGCGCAGAAAUGACGGAGAACCUGGAGCUGCACCAGUUCCAGGAGGGCACUCACACGGUGGAUGUGUCGAACCGCUGGCUGGAACGCCUGAAGACGCGUGUCAACUGUCCCUACUUGGGCAUCAUCCUGGCCACGCUGUCAUCCCUGUUCUUCUCGCUGUGCUCGGUGAUCGUCAAGGGACUGGUGGACGUCAAUCCGAUGGAGCUGGCAGCAUUCCGCUUCGUGGGGGUGCUGUUGCCGACCAUUCCGAUCCUAAUAUACACCCGCCAGCCAGUGUUUCCAGAGGGGAAGCGCGUCAUCCUGCUGAUGCGCUGCUUCAUGGGUACCACGGGCCUAAUGCUCAGCUUCUACGCCUUCCGGCACAUGCCGCUGGCCGAUGCCAGCGUCAUCAUCUUCUCGACGCCCGUGUUCGUGGCAAUCUUUGCGCGCGCCUUCCUUAAGGAGCCCUGCACCAUGUUCAAUGUGAUCACCAUCAACAUAACGCUGGUCGGCGUCGUACUCAUCACCCGGCCGCCCUUUGUGUUUGGCGACACGUCGCCUCCGCAGGAUGGGACGCAGCUGACGGGCAGGCCAUACGACAUCUGGGGACCUGUCGCUGCCUUCUCGUCGACGCUGUUUGGGGCCAACGUCUAUAUCCUGCUGCGGGCGCUCAAGAAUCUGCACUUCUCCGUGAUCAUGACCAACUUCGGAGCCACUGCCCUCGUGUACACGCUAAUCGUGUCCGCCUCCAUCGGAGCCGUCUGCUGGCCCAGCUGCGGCCGUGACCGCUGGCUGGUCGUCGUCCUCGGCGUCUUCAGCUUCCUCGGCCAAAUCCUGCUUACCCUAUCGCUGCAGAUCGAGCAGGCAGGGCCAGUGGCAAUCGCCCGGUGCGUCGACAUAGUGUUCGCCUUCAUCUGGCAGAUUAUCUUCUUUGGGGAGACGCCCAAUGGAUACUCGUUGUUUGGAGCCCUCAUGGUGAUCAGCUCGGUCAUCCUCACAGCGCUAAAGAAGUGGGCCAUGACGCUGCCGCGGGAGUCGUCGCUCCGCAAGCGGCUGCGACUCAUCCUACUGGAAUAGACAGUGUCGCCCAGUGUCGGCACGAUACGCCGUGGUUUCUCCCGAGUAAUCUAUAGUCACAUCGUUCACACGUUCAUCGCGUAGUACUACUCAAUCCAAAUAGGAGGGAAGGGAGCUAUCGGAAUGGAAAGAAAAGCUCCCCGACCCCCCACCAGUUCAUAUGUACACCGUAGACUUGGCAUAUCCAAUCUCCAAGGCUCAGCAUAGCAUAGUUUAUUCGAAUAGCCGUAUCCCUAGGCAGUCAGUUUUCUGAGUAGGAGGAGGAGGAGGUGCUCGUGAUACCCAUACGUUUCCAUAUUGAAAUACUCAUAGUGUGUGUUUUAGUUUAGCCAAUUCGCCGAUUUGUUGUUUUGUACAUUGUUAUACAUGCUUUAAAUACAAUAAUAAAUACAACUUAUGAAUUAA